CAGAAUGUAUUUUUCUAAUUUGACCCUUGACCCGAAGAUUCGCGCCAAAUUUGACUGCUCCAGCAGAUAAACUGACGCCAAGUCUGUGUCCUACUACUUCAGCUUAUUUUCAACGAUCUUGGUCAAGAUUCUUGCACCUCGAGCUGUUCUGCUGUUUGUUAAGAAGUGCAGGAGUUUGGAGAUGGUGAAACCUCACCGGAAAGGCGCGCAGGCUGACAAGAAAACCGAAAAGAAAGUGACAUGUGGUCUCCAUCAGUUGAGUGAUGAUGAUGACAUCCCUACCCUGAGGUCCAGCCUCCUCAGCUGGUAUGAUAUAAACAAACGGGAUCUCCCAUGGCGAAGACAGCUUAAGAAUACUGAUGUGAACCAGCGGGCAUAUGCAGUAUGGGUGUCAGAAAUGAUGCUUCAACAGACUCAGGUGGCUACAGUCAUUGACUAUUACAACCGCUGGCUGGAGAAAUGGCCAACAGUACAGAAAUUGGCAACAGCUACUUUGGAGGAAGUGAACGAGAUGUGGUCAGGUCUGGGCUACUACUCCAGGGGUCGGAGGUUACAUGAAGGUGCACAGAAGGUUGUGAAAGAGCUUGAUGGACAGAUGCCCAGUUCAGCUGCUUCUCUGUUGAAAGAACUCCCAGGUGUGGGCAGGUAUACAGCCGGGGCCAUCGCAUCUAUUGCCUACAGUCAGGCUACAGGUGUCGUAGAUGGGAAUGUUAUUCGUGUGUUGUCACGGUUACGGGUCAUCGGAGCAGAGAGCACCAGUCCACAGGUCAUGGAGGUCAUGUGGUCCCUUGCAGACCGACUGGUUGACCCUAAGAAACCUGGAGACUUUAACCAGGCCAUGAUGGAGUUAGGAGCGACCGUGUGUACACCCAAGAACCCCAGCUGUGGGGACUGUCCUAUCAGGGGGCUCUGUAGGGCCUAUCAGCAGGUGGAAAAAGAGAAGAAGAAGUCAGCCAACAAGCUAGAGAACAUGUUGACGAAGAGAGUGGAAGCUUCAGGCAGUGUGCAGGACAUUGAGGAUGUGAUUGACGGUUGCAGUUUUUGCUUGCCUAAAGAAGAGCCAUGGGACAGCAGUCUUGGAGUCAUGAACUAUCCAAGGAAAGCAAAGAAAAAGCCUCCAAGGGAAGAAAAGACUGCUGUUGCCAUUGUUUCCUGUGCGGAAGGACCAGAGACAAAAUUUCUUAUUAUUCAGAGGCCGGAAACAGGGCUGCUAGCAGGCCUGUGGGAGUUUCCAAGUGUUCAACUGGAUAGAGACAGCCAAUCAGAGACCAGGAAAUCAUUGAUUGACAGCUACAUAAAGGACACCCUUGGUUUGACAUUUGGAGAUGUUGAAAAGAGAACUCAUGUUGGAGAGGUUGUCCACAUUUUCUCUCACAUUCAUCAGACUUACAUGGUGGAGACAUUUGAUGUACAACACCAUGAUGGACAAGAUGGAGGGACUGGUAAGCAAGAAGCGCCCCCUAGUCGAUGGGUGACCAGGUCUGAACUGCAGGGUGCUGCAUUAUCCACAGCCAUGAGGAAGGUGUUUAAGGCCUAUGUAGCAUCUAAAUCGGAGAGCCAGCACCCAGCCAACAGGAACAGUACAGGAACCAAGGUUUCCAACAAGAGGAAGAGAAAGUCUUCAAGUGAUAGCAGUGACAAGAAGAAGCAAAUGGCUCUAGACUCCUUCUUCAAGCCAAGAGGUGUAAAGACUAAGGCAUAGGGCUGAACUACUGAAGUAUGUUUUAGAUUAGUAACAUUCAUGUUCUUUGGUCUGUCUGUGAAUAGAUGAAUGUAAAUCAAAACAACUAACACACGAAUAACUGACACAAUUACAACCACAUUCCUAUCAAGAAAGGGAUCUUAAUAAAACACUUACAGUAGUUGUGUUUUAAAACUAAAAGAUUAACUUUUAACUUUUGGGCAAAGGGUAACAAUUCAGCAUUUAUGGUGUACAGUAUCAAGCACAAAACAUACUAGUGUUUUACUUACGGAAUCUGACUUGAGAUUUAUCCUCGCAAACCUCACUACUGGGAAUAGGGCCAUCUAUGUUCAUGACCUUCCAUCACUGUCUUUAUUACUGGGGCUGGAGUCAUGCCAGAGAGGGCGAGCUCAUGUUAAAUCUCUUUGACUGCCUCAUCAGUUUAUCUUUAGUCUGUAAUCAUGUUGUUUGAUGAGCAAAUUCAGCCAAUCAUCCCACCAUAAUCCUGCAGCUCUGUGGGGAUUACAGAUAGACUCAUGGAUUGGCAUUUCUGACAGGUCUCCUGUACUUUUAAUUACCAUGGUGUUAGGAGCUUAGUACAACAUGAAAAACAGCUUACAUCAUAUCAGAUAUUUGGUGUCAGCCCAAAGGUGAACUAGAAAUAGCUGGCACAGGUACAAGGUUUUGUGGACAUCUUUCUAUUGUAUACACAAUACUAGGUUAGUUGAAAAGGUGACCCAAAACCUGCACCCGUGAAUAAUAGAUUUCAGGUAAAAGUUAACAUUACAUAUAUCUACAUACUGACACAUAAUUUACUUGCAUCUAUUUUAUAAAUAUAUAUAAUACAGACUGUCUUUUACUUGGCGUUUAAUUAAACAAUGUUAAGUAACACGAAAGAAACAAAUUACACUGAAAGAGCUGAUCUUGUUAUUUUGUUAACCAGUGUCAUGGCACCAACCUUCUCCCCCAGUGUUUAAAUUA